ACCUACACGAUGCUGGCGUUACUGCCUGUGAAUGUUCAGCAAUUUAACUAGCUCCCGUGAACUUGUACCCAUUCAAAGGUCAUAACAAACGCUUCGAUUGGCAAAUGUGUGUCCUUUUAGCUUGCUGGAUUGCCGCGCGAAGUAUUUCUGAUCAUCUCGACUGAAGCUACGUACGGCCCUAAGCAAUUCGCCACCAUCUGCCUGUUCACCUUUCUUAGCAGUACAGUUUGGAUGCAAAAAAUCCACAUCUACUCUUUCUACGGAGAGCUCUAUGACCCAACACUUCUCCGAUGUCGAUCGGAGAUUGCUGGCAUAUCUGCGAGCCAAAGAAAGAUUUACAGAGAACGAUUCGAUCAUGGCAGGCGCUCAAAAAACAAGAAGUGACCUGGAACCUGAGCUAACUGACUCCUGGGCGCAUUUUUCAUCAGGAGAUGACGACGGAGGGGAAAGCGGAGAUAGUCUUGAUAUACAAGAGAGCGAGACCGAUCAGCAAUCGCCAGCACUCUCCACUGAUCCCGAGGAAACGGACUUGCCCGACGUACAGUCCGCAGAUGUAGCAACUCCGAAUCCACGCGGUUCUGUCAGAAAGACGCGACAGCUACUCGGACCGCAAAAUUCCAGCCCUAGAACACCGCAAGCAGUGCGCAGCUCGCCCCGACUACAGGUGCGACAGAGCUCCAAAGAGCCUGAGCUUAUCAUGCCCUCGAUCAUAGCAUCAGGUUCGUUCAAAAGCUCGACACCAAAACAAUCUCCUCUCUCGAACAGCGUAAGGGCGAGGAAAGGAAAUGCUCUCUCGUCGAGCCGAGCAGGCCCCGCCCGUGCGACACAGGAGACACCAAAGUCGAAUCAGCCAAAGUCUCCCACCUCUCGAAGGAGAAAACCUUCUCAAGACGGUACAGCUGUUGUUCCAUGGAUCUGGCAAGAAAUUGUCCGGCCAACCUUGCAAUAUGCGCUUGGUGUCAUCGGCCACACCAUGGUCUACCUCAAACCGUGGUUUGGCGCGCUGCUGGCGAUCUUCACCAUCUUCUACGGGUUCAAACUUGUAUUCCAGAGCUCGCUGAGUGCGCUGUCUGUCGUGCCUCAUAUCUCGAAGCUAGCUCCCUCACCUUGCAGUCUGCCGAUCCUGAGCAGGUUGCCCAUAUGUGGGCCGCAGUCGUCGCCCAAGGCUACCCCUGAAUUCGAAGACCUCAUAAAUGUCCAGUCGUCGUUCGAGGACAUCCUGCAGUCAACAGCCCAGGGAUCCAUUCUGCCUCUGGAAAUGAAGCGAUCUGAAGCUUCGAUACGCGACCUCAAAUACGUAGUCACGUAUUCUCAUUUACCGUCCAAGGGCGAGCUCGUUUACGAGUUUCAAGGUUUUAUUGACGUGGCACGCCAAGCGGCUGGGGACCUCACUAAGUUCAAUUCCAGGGUUGGCCGCGCAGUCGAUCACAUUAUCAGCACGAACAAGCACACGCUUCAGGUCAUCGACGGCUUUGUCAGCUUCGAAGCGUCCCAGGGCGUGCUCAGCAAAUGGUUGUGUGGAUCGUCCGGUCUGACGCAGGAUCAUCUCCUGCGUCAGUAUCUCUUGCAUACAAGUCAGGUGGAGGAACAGAUCCAGCGGCUCAUCAUUGAAGCGCAGGUACUCCUCAAGAUCCUGGAAGACCUGGAUGGCAGACUGGACGUCAUCCACAGCAUCGUGACCCGAGAUGGCGUACACGUCAAGGACUCACGGGACGAGCUGUUUGCCCAGCUGUGGACCAAGCUGGGAGGCAACAGGAACAGCGUCCAGAAGCUCAACGAGCAGCUGAGCUUGCUGAAAUCGGUCAACACGUACCGCAAGGCGGCAUGGUCGCACGUCACGGCCACUUUGUUAAAGCUGCAGGCAAUCUCUGCAGGAUUAGAGGAUCUGCGAGAGCGUGUUGCGUUACCGGAGACUGUGGGAGUGGAGACCGUGCCACUACAGCAGCAUAUCGAAACGAUCCAGCUUGGUGUUGAGCGACUCGAGAGGGUUCGGGAGAGCUCGAGAGGCUUGGAGAUGGAAGGGCAGCGCAGAAUGCUAGAGAAUGGCGGAGUGCUUGGGAAAGAUCGACAGGUCGAAGGGUAAAAUGAGGCAGUGUUUGUUUGGCUAUUCGAUCUUCUUUUGAUGUCGAAGAUCAGGUUCCGUUUUGACGAAAUUACUGGAUAAACUUGAAAGAUACCCAUGGUAAUCAAAUGAGAAAACGCUCGGCACGACAAUUCACGAACGGACAAGUACAUGCAUGGACUGUUUAUUGCUACAUCUUGAGAAUCAUCAGGAUCAACUUUCAUCUCUCUCUCUCUCUCCGAUGUAGCCUUCGUGAUCGAAG